AUGACUGAUGUUUUUCAGUUGAAUACAGAAGAACAGUCACCUAAUUCCAUUCCAAAUUUUUCUUCUGAGCAAUUACAACAGAUAGCAAAAGCCUUAUCUGUAAUCAAGCAUCGCCCUUCUGGUAAUUCUGACAAUCACAUCAAUGUUGCAGCUUCACAAACUUUGACAUUAGCUCCUUCCACUCCUAUUGUACCACUUCAUGAUCCAUCCUACUCAAACAUCCAUCCUCCACCUUCUAUUCCUUCACCUUCUAUCCCUUCACCUACUACUUCAUCGUCUCCUCCACCUUCUCCAGAUUCGCCCACUACUUCUAAUCCUAUCCCACCUGAUACAUCAGCUCCACUCCGACGUUCUACUCCGAAACUUACUACACUUCGUUGCCUACUCACUGUUCCUGCUGCUAAAAAAUGGUUCACCCAUCAGUUGGAUGUUCAAAAUGCCUUUCUCCAUGGUAAUCUAGACGAGAAAGUCUAUAUGUCUUUACCACCCGGUCUUUGCCGACAGGGGGAGAAUACA